GCCGCGCACUGAUUGGAGGAUUGCUCAGCGCCGAGCUGCACGAGCGGAAUGUGUCUGACUCCGGUUACUACGAACAUAAAAACAACGCUGGAGACUCCGAGCCCCGCUUUCACACCCACAAGAACUGGAUAAAUCCGCUUUGCGUUUAUAUUUCUGGAACUUUCUACGGUAUUUAGCAUUGAAGCUAUAGCUGCACAGUCAUCCUGUACCUGUCUGUUUGCGGAUGUGGUAAAUGUCGGUGUGAAUUUUUUUUUACAUAGUUCCAUUGAGGGAUUGUAGGUACGUCGUUGCCGCUGCUUCUUGAAAGUAGCCUGGAAAUUCUCUUAACGUGGGACAUCCUGUCCUUCAACACUCAUGAAUCUAGCCAGUCCCUGCACUCUUAAACAUCAUGUCUUGUUGCACUGGCUCCCUUCUCAGGGUUAUAACCGGAAGGAAUCCAUGAUUAGGCUUUGAAGUCCUCACCACUCUGUCUUGCUGUCCUGCUGUCUGCAUCCUAAGACGCGUCCCUCCACACUAUCACUCUACAGCACCAAACUAUCUGCAGCCUCUCAUCCUUUAACUGCCAUAAUGAAGACAAUCAGGGUCUUCUUUGCAGUGUUUGGAGUUUUUCUUCUCAUCCACCAAACAAAAGGUGGUCAGAAUCCAGACUACGUGCUCCAUGGCACGGGAGUGAAACAUGGAGAGCCAAAAAAGUCUCUGGCAGCGGACGGCUCUACCGUGGCUCCAGAAGACGCAGCACGAUUCCUCAGCUGUUAUUGUUUAGGUCACUGCCCAGAGGACGCCACCAACAACACCUGCGAGACCAAUGGGCAGUGCUUUGCCAUUAUCGAGGAAGAUGAGCAUGGUGAAGCUGUCCUUACAUCUGGCUGUAUGAAAUAUGAAGGCUCCCACUUCCAGUGCAAGGAUUCUCCCAACGCUCAGACAAGGAGGACGAUCGAGUGUUGUUCCACAGAUUUCUGUAACAGAGACUUGCAGCCUACUCUUCCGCCUCCUGUUAUCCAAGACCCCUUGUUUGUGAAUACUCACUGGCUGGCCUUCCUGAUCUCUGUGACCGUGUGCUGCUUCACACUCAUCGCAAUUACUGUUGUCUGUUACUACAGGUAUAAGCUGCAGACAGAUAGGAGACGCUACCAAAGAGACCUGGAGCAGGAUGAGGCCUUCAUUCCUGUUGGCGAGUCUCUCAAAGACCUGAUCAGCCAGUCAAGCACUGGCUCAGGCUCAGGCCUCCCCCUGCUGGUGCAGCGCACUAUUGCUAAACAGAUCCAGAUGGUGCGUCAGAUCGGGAAGGGGCGUUACGGCGAGGUGUGGCUUGGCCGCUGGAGAGGAGAGAAAGUGGCAGUAAAGGUGUUUUUCACUCGUGAAGAGACCAGCUGGUUCAGGGAGACGGAAAUCUACCAGACUGUUCUGAUGAGACACGAGAACAUUCUUGGUUUCAUUGCAGCUGACAUUAAGGGCACAGGAGCCUUCACACAGCUUUUCCUCAUCACAGACUACCAUGAGAACGGCUCUCUGUACGACUACCUGAAGUUCACCACCCUGGAUACUCAGUCUCUGCUGAAGCUAGCCUACUCUGCAGCAUGUGGUCUGUGCCACCUCCAUACUGAGAUCUAUGGCACUCAAGGCAAACCAGCCAUUGCUCACCGAGACCUGAAAAGCAAGAACAUCCUCAUUAAGAAGAACGGCACAUGCUGCAUCGCUGAUCUUGGUCUAGCUGUUAAGUACAACAGUGACACUAAUGAGGUGGACGUCCCUCUGAGUACACGCAUGGGAACACGGAGGUAUAUGGCUCCUGAGGUAUUGGAUGAGACGAUGAAUAAGAAUCAGUUCCAGGCCUACAUCAUGGCAGACAUCUACAGUUAUGGCCUCGUGGUUUGGGAGAUGGCCCGGAGAUGUGUGACAGGAGGCAUUGUAGAAGAGUACCAGUUACCGUACUGGGACGCAGUUUCUUCAGAUCCAUCUUACGAGGACAUGAGGGAAGUCGUAUGUGUGAAGGGCAUGCGACCUACAGUCUCUAAUCGCUGGAACAGUGAUGAGUGUCUCAGAGCCAUGUUGAAGCUGAUGUCUGAGUGCUGGGCACAUAACCCAGCCUCUCGCCUCACUGCUCUGAGAAUAAAGAAAACACUUGCCAAAAUGGUGGAAUCCCAAGACAUCAAAAUCUGAAAACGUAUUUCACUACACUGGGUACUUCAGUGGCAGAGUGGAAAUGUGAAAUCAUUUGAAACAGGAAUUGUUGACUGAGUUCCCAAACCUAAAUGUGAAGCGGAGUGCUACGGAGCAAAGUGCUUCUCCUUCACCUAAAUCCCUAAGCGUCCAUGUAGCACCCUCUGCUGGACCAGGAGUGCCAUGCCACCACUACAAUGAAAAAAAAUAAAAAUAGACCUAGUGUGGGACUUUUCAAACCUAAACACUAACUCAAAGUAGAUGGAUCAACCUGCAGCCCUACUUUAACCGUCCAUCCUCUUUUACUUUAGACACUCUAUUGGGAGAGAUCUGCCAAAUAAUUUGCUUUCUGUGAAAGCUGUGCGUGGUGUGGCAAAUGGCAGUGCAUGUCGACGAAGUAAAGGCCUGAAGAAAAUUUCGGAGAAAGCUGAUUCAUUCAUUGUAUGGCAUCUUUCUUCCAUUCCUGAGUGGCCACAGAGGCAUGUGCAUAAAAGUGGCGGUAUUUCUCCACAUGUACUCAAAAGGACUGCUCUAAAAGUGAACGGUGUGUAGAGCACAAUGCAGGUGCAAAUAAAAAUGCAACAUUAUUUUAAAUGAUCUCUGAUAUUGUUAUAGAUAAGUAUUAUUCAUCAGUAAUGUUAUUGAUAUUUAAAAGAAUACUCAUGAAGAAUUUCUUAUACAUUUCUUAUACAUUUUUUUUAUUUUAAAAAUCUGUCCAAUUAAUUUUGAUAUGUUGUCAAAUUAUUUGGAUGAUGUAAUCAGUCAGGAAAGAAAUCCAACCACAGGGCCGUUUAAAGGUAUAAGAGGUGUUGCCAAAACUAACUAGGAAUGCAUGGUUAAUAUGCAGGACUUACAGAGGAUUAGGAAUGGCCUGGGUACAUGGGCAUCAACAAUGUCCUCAAAGAUUUUCACACCAAAAGAAUAAAAUAAUUCUACACUUUAUAAAUGGCAGGGUUUGCAGUCAUGUAUUCUGUCCGAAUAAUAAGCAUGGAUUAGUAGAUGUCUGAUAUAAUGCAAUGUCUCCUCACAUCACCCUCUACAUUACAUUUUACAUUCAUUACAUUUCAUCAUUUUUUGCCACUUUGGAUAAAGUGACUUAAAGUUGAGACAGAAUACAACUGAGCAGUUUAGGGCCUCGCUCACAGACCCAACAGUGGCAGCGCUGGUGUAAACCAAAGCCCUGACCACUAAGCCAUCACUACUUUAAACCUGCCAAUCAAUUCCAUUAAUGGUGCCAUGAUAGAAUUUAAAUAGGAUACAAGUUCACGUUUUACGAGUUUUCUAUGUAAUUUGAUUGAUUACAUAUAGAAUAUCAUAAAUAUUCAUCAGGAUUGAAGAAUACAACUGCAUGGGCUAUUUAUUGUAAUCAUGUCAUGUUGUGGUAAGAAAAAAAUACUCAUUUUACUAAAAGUGAUUUACUCAAUAUUGUAACAGAGCAGCUUAUUAGUUUGUCAUGUUAUUCCUGUAUAGUUAAAACCAGUUUAAAAAAAGUCAAAAUACCAGUACUCCCGAAUUAUUUCCUUAAAAAAAAAUGGUCACCUCUUAAAACUGAUCUUUACAGCAUUUGGCAGAGGCCCUUAUCCAGAGGUACUUUUAUGUCUUUGUACAUUUAAAAAGUUGAGGGCCUGACAGUAGCAGCUUGGUGGUGGUGGGAUCUAAACCCAGGGUCUUCUGGUCAAGGAUCCAAUGUCAUAACUGUUGAGCUACCCCUGCUAAGCUUGAACAUAUUUUUUUCCAGAAAAUAUACAGAGUAUAAUGAUUCCUGAGUUCACAUGAAAUCUACUUAAAUGGGAGAAAAAAAAUGGCACUCAUUGUGCUUGUUGACUGUGUGCCUAUAUUUAACCUGGAAAUUUGAAUUUAAUGAAAAUUGUUUAUUUAAAGUGACUUCCGUUUAUUCCCACCAAAGUUCUUAGUACCAAAAGAACACUCACAGUGUUGUGUGUCUGAGAUAGAAAUGCAGUUUCUGGGAAUUGUUUCCACACCACCGUGUCUGUGUGUUAAUAUGCAUCAUGGGAUGUUUUGUGGAAUCACUAAUGCUUAACAUCCAUGCAGUCGAAACUAGAUUCUCAGUGCAUGCCCAUUAUUUUGUUUUUAAAUAAAUGUGUUUUAGCCAGUAGAAAUUCAUCUGCAUCAUUAACUGACUACAGAAUCUUUUCUCCUCAUCUAUGUCCAGUGUUCAAAAGAAGCUUGUGCAGAAAGUUUGUCUUUUGUGUGUUUGUUCUGUACGGCAUCUGGGUUUAAAGAAAAGGUGCCUUAUGUUUACCAAGAAAAGCUGUUCUGUACACAGAAUUUGUCCAAUGUAUCAAUUUUAAAGUAAAUUGCAAUAUUUUAGUAUGCAACCCUUUGUAAUU